UAUCAUUACCUUGCUUGUUGCCCUCAGUCGGUAGCCACUCGUUUCAAGGACACGCAGCGAGCUAAGUGACCAGUUACCCAUCCACCAACUGCUCAACGGAUCUGCUCAAAGGAACCAUUCUUCCCUAUCUCUCAACCUCGGUGGAAGCCAUGGCCACCUACGACAGGAGAAGCGAGAUAAAGGCCUUCGACGACACAAAAGCCGGCGUUAAAGGCCUCGUAGACGCCGGCGUUACCGAAAUCCCUCGGUUCUUCCACCACCCGGCCGACGCUAAGGAUGGGCCAGAUCCGACCUCUGUUCCCCGGUCCGAGAUUCCGGUCAUCGAUCUCGGAGACACGGCGGGGCGGGAGAGCGUGGUGGAGCUCGUGAGACGGGCAUCAGAGACGUUUGGUUUCUUCCAGGUGUUGAAUCAUGGGGUUCCUCAGGCUGUGAUGGACGAGAUGCUGGAAGGCGUGAGGAGGUUUAACGAGCAGGAUUUGAAGGUAAAGAUGCGAUACUACACACGCGAUCGGAGUAAGACUGUGAUUUUUAAUUCUAAUUUCGAUUUGUACGAAUCUCCGGUGGCGAAUUGGAGGGAUACCCUUUACUGCGGAAUGGCGCCGGAGCCCGCCGCUAAGCCGGAGGACCUGCCGGAAGCUUGCAGAGAUAUAAUUAUGGAGUACACAAGCCACAUCCAAAGGUUAGGGCGUCUCCUAUUUGAACUACUAUCAGAGGGACUUGGCCUAGAUGCUCGUUAUUUAAAUGAUCUGGAAUGUGGCAAAGGCUUGGCUCAUUUGAGCCAUUAUUAUCCACCAUGCCCUGAGCCAGAACUCGCCAUUGGCACAAGCAAACAUGCAGAUUCAGCCUUUCUAAAUGUUCUUCUUCAAGAUACCAUUGGAGGCUUACAAGUUCUUCACCAGAAUCAGUGGAUUGAUGUUCCUCCAAUUCCUGGAGCUUUUAUAAUCAACAUUGGUGAUCUUUUACAGCUUAUCAGUAAUGAUAAAUUUAAGAGUGUCGAGCAUAGAGUACUGGCAAGUAAGAAUGGGCCAAGAGUUUCCGUUGCCUGUUUCUUCUUCACCCGCUUGCAUCCAUUGGAGAGGCGCUAUGGUCCGAUAGAGAAGCUGUUAUCAGAGAAAAAUCCUCCUAAAUACAAAGAUGUUACUGUAAGAGAAUUUGUCACUUUUUAUUACUCGAAAGGACUUGAUGGUAAAUCUGCAUUGGAAAAUUUUAGGCUAUGAUCGAUUAUUUAUUAGAUUUGUGACUUAUGUUAUUUAUAUGAUCAUGUGGAGAUUAUAAUAAAGUUAUGGAUGUGAAGUAUGAGCAUUAUAAA